GCCGAGUGUCUUUGGCCUGCAGCGGGUUGCCCACCUCUUGUUCGUCUCCCACUCUUUACAUCCUCCGUCGUCCCCCAGAGCCUUUCUUCAGCCCUCAUCAUGCUCAAGAGGCAACGACCGUCUUCGCCGAUCCCCAUGGCGGCGGAGGCACCCUUCGCCGCCGAACCGUUGAUCGACAUCGACAUUGCUGAGCGGGUCGCUAAGCGCGCGCGACACUUUGCGCCUCUCCCUCGGGGCUAUGUCCAGAAGAACAACGUCGUCGCAGGGCCUGAUACAGACGGGGAGGAGGACCAAGAGGACGAGGGUCGCUCGGAGUAUACGAGGGGGCAGACGAAGUGGCAGGAGCAGGCGGGGUUGUACAAGAAUGCGAACACUCUGUUGCACGACUUGCACGCGGAGCAACGGCAUCGACAGCUGUUCACGGCUGGGCCGUCGGACCCUGCGCAUACACACCGUCACUCUCAUCAUGCUGCGACCUCGCACCCGAGUACGUCUGUGGGGCUGAGACACCCGCCGCACGAUACCGCCGUGCCACACCCAUCAGUCAGCGGUCCAUCAUACCACACAUCGUCAUAUGCGCAUGGAUAUACGACGGAGCAAGUAGAGGCGCAGAUCGUAUCUUCGCAGUACCAAGGUACUAACAGGUAUGUCGUCGUAUAACUAUCUUCUAUGAUCCAACUGCUGACCUCAUUAUUCGUACAGGUUCCUGAGGGACUUAUUUUUCAGCCGGAGACGGAGACCGGACGCAGAACAGACUUGAGAAGUCGCAUCCUGCUCUUGAUGCGACGCA